UUGAAAUCAGCUUACGUAAUUCAACCAGCAGGUGGCGUUGGUUUUAUGCGAGAAAUUGGAUCGACCAUCCGGCGGACUGCGUUUUUUAUUUAACACGACAUUGAACACGACCGACUAAAUUGUCAUUCCGGUUUAGUGAAUUUCGACUGCAUUUAAAGGAGCCCGGCCGCGAUGGCUUCCAAAAGACCGGCCGAGGGCGAAGCGUCCGGGGCACAGCCCCCCUUCAAAAAGGUCCAGUUCGAAGCCUUUCGAAUCGGACCAGUGUCCACCCUAGAGGAGAUGGACAUGAAAGUCCUUCAGUUUAAAAACAAAAAAUUAGCUCAGAGGUUAGAGCAAAGACAGAGAACAGAGGCUGAACUUCGGCAAAGGAUCGAGCAGCUCGAAAAGCGUCAAACUCAAGACGAUGCUGUGCUUAACGUUGUAAAUAGGUAUUGGAAUCAGUUGAACGAAGACAUCAGAGUUUUACUCCAACGGUUUGACGCAGAGACGGCUGACGAAUCUGAAAAUAAAAAUGAAAACGAAGCAACGACGUCAUUUUUAAUGCAGCUCUCAAGCUGGGACAAGGAGGAGUUGGAUGAAAAACUCGCCAAUCGGGUCCAAGUAUCAAAACGAGCUGUGGCGAAAGUCAUUCAGGCGUUUGAUCGACUAAUGCAGCGCAAUGAGAAAAUCACCAUGGCUCUUAAAGGAGAAUUGGAAGGAGGUAAAGCAAUCGAACGUUUUUAUGGUAAAUUUUCUAAUGUUUUGCUUGCAGAGGAUGUUCCCAGCCUAGACGAGCAAAUUCGUCAAACUAACAUUGAACUUCAAGCUGAGAAUAUGAGGUUGCAGGCGCUGCACACGCAGCUUCACGAAAAGUAUCACGCCCUGAGUUUAAAAGCAGCAGAACACCAGGACAUGAUCACUGGGAAGGAAACUGAGGCCGCUGAACUCAGAAAUCAAGUCGAGGAGUUGCAGUACGACCAUUCCAAGGUUCAGCAGCAGAAUUACAAACUGGAACACCACCUGGCCGAAGCAUUGGAGAAGAUAAAAAAUAUUGAGCAUACCAUUGAGGAGGAAAAGCAGCCAGUCAAGACAGUCUCAAGUGUUUCUCAAAAGAAGCUUGAUGAAAUUCAAAAAGAGUGCGAAGAACAGCGAGAGUUGGCCAACAACCGUCUGCAAGAGCUGGACCGCCUCCAUCAGCAGCACCGAGAUGCUCUGAAAGAAGUGGAAAAGCUCAAGAUGGAUAUUCGUCAGUUGCCCGAAUCUGUGAUAGUUGAGACGACAGAGUACAAGUGUCUGCAGUCGCAGUUCUCUGUAUUGUACAACGAAUCUAUGCAGUUGAAAACUUUGCUCGAUGAUGCUAGACAACAACUGCAAAACAGCAAAAAUGCUCAUCUCCGUCAGAUCGAACAGAUGGAGCUGGACGAGCUAGCUGCACAGAAAAAGCUUAGGACAGAACUAAUCCAGCAUGAGGACAUGUUGGCGCAAGUUAGGAAGGAAUACGAGAUGCUGCGCAUCGAGUUUGAAACCAAUGUAGCUGCAAACGAACAAACUGGGCCAAUUAAUAGGGAGAUGAGGCACUUGAUAACUUCGCUUCAAAGCCACAACACACAACUCAAAACGGAAUCUGCACGAUACAAACGGAAAUUCAAGGACACAACCACUGAAAUUGCAAAGCUAAAGAAAGAGGUGGAAGAUUUGCAAGCCAAGCAACCAGUUCCUACGGAAGUCAAGGAAACAAAUAAUGCGGAGGCGCAAGUUAAAGAGGAAUCGCCAAGUACGCCAGUCACUCCUGCCCCAGUGGUUCAAAUUAAGGAGGAACCUGUGGUCCCGAAAGAAAACGAGGAGGAAGCAGAGAUGGAUGAAGAAGGUGAUGCAGCUAGCACAGGCAGUGACAAAGAAAAGGCCGGUCCCUCAAAUGUGAAAAAGGAGGUCAAAAAGGAAAAGGGUUCGACUCCAACUCCUGCUGCCUCCACAACGCCACCUAGCACCGAAGUCAAAAAAGAAAUCAAAACUGAAAAGGAUGCCAAAGAUCCAAAAGCUAAGGAAGUGAAGAAUGCGGAGUCAGAAAUUGUGAGAGACUUGAAGGCUCAAAUAAAGAAAGCUCUGAAUGAUCAAAAGGAGAUGAAACUUCUUUUGGACAUGUACAAGGGAGUGAGCAAAGACCAGCGGGACAAAGUGCAGUUGAUGGCAGCGGAGAAAAAGGCCAGGGCGGAGGUUGACGAUUUGCGCAUGCAAAUGAAAAAGAUGCAGUACUACCAAUUGCAGGAAAACAAGCGGGAAGAACGCAAGCGGAUGGCAGACGACGAUGCCAUGCGCAAAAUUAAACAACUCGAAGAUCAAAUCGGUGGCCUGCAGAAGCAAGUGGCUUCCCACAAACAGGUAGAUGCCAGUUGGAAGUUGAAUCGCACCAAUCACCACCUGAGGCAGGCUGAGGAGGAGGCCUUGCUGAACGAGAUGGAAGUCACUGGCCAGGCCUACGAAGACAUGCAGGAGCAAAACUCGAGGCUCAUUCAGCAGUUGAGGGAAAAGGACGACGCCAACUUCAAACUCAUGUCGGAGAGGAUUAAAUCAAAUCAGCUACACAAAUUAGCUCGCGAAGAGAAACAAGUUCUAAAUGACCAGGUUGCAACAUUGUCGAAUCAUGUUGACGCUCAAACGCAGGUUUUAAGAAAACUAGAGGAAAAGGAGAGGUUUAUGCAGAAUUCGUUGGCCACUGCCGAAAAGGAAUUGAAUUUGCGGCAACAGGCCAUGGAAAUGCACAAGCGUAAAGCCAUUGAAAGUGCUCAGUCUGCAGCAGAUUUGAAAUUGCAUUUAGAAAAGUAUCAUGCGCAAAUGAAAGAGGCGCAGCAAGUGGUGGCUGAGAAAACGGCAGCCCUGGAAGCCGAGGCGUACAAAACAAAACGGCUCCAGGAGGAAAUCGCCCAGUUGCGACGCAAGGUGGAGAGAAUGAAGAAGAUCGAAAUGGCCGGCACUGCCGACGAAGUGAUGAUGGAGGAGAUCCGCGAGUAUAAGGAGACCCUGACGUGUCCCUCGUGCAAGGUGAAGCGGAAGGACGCGGUGCUGAGCAAGUGCUUCCACGUGUUUUGCUACGACUGCCUGCGCACUCGCUACGAGACGAGGCAGCGCAAGUGCCCCAAGUGCAACGCAGCCUUCGGCGCCAACGACUACCACAGGCUCUACCUAUGCACUUGAAAAGUGUCACUUUCACCGGGCAAUAGGCACUUUAUAUUGAGCUUACACUCUGAAAAUUGGUUUCUAUUUUGGGGACUAAACUCUCUGAAUUAUCAGAAUGGAAAUUCAUUUAUUAUUUUCACUCGUUGUUCCAGCUGGUAUCUUGAUUUUUUUU